GAGGAAGUUCCCUUUCCCUUUAAAUGCAAAUCCCGGCUGUGCAAUCGGUGUCCAUCGGGCGGGGGGCGUCCGGUGGGCCCGGGGUGUCCGGUGGGCCCGGGGUGUCCCUCGGGGUGUCCCUCGGGGUGUCCAUCGGGUCCCGGAGGCCGGAGCGGGCCUGGCUCAGGGAAGGAGCCUCCACACGCCGUGUCCGCCGCACGCCCAGUGCCGGUCCUGAUCCCGGUCCUGGUCCCGGUCCCGGUGCCAUCGGCCCCAUGGAGGAGCGCAGGAAGAAGCGGAGCCCGCAGAGCUGCCUGGCCCAGCCGCCGCCCGCCGGGGCCCCGCGGCCGCUGCCCCCGAGCAAGAGCGCGUCCUUCGCCCUGCCGCUGCCCGCGCUGCCCUCGCCCCGCCAGCGGCCGCGGCCCCGCCGGGCCAGCAAGGAGCGGGCGCGGGCGGGCGCCGGGGGCUCCCGGGGGGCGCCGCUCCAGCACAGCUUCCUCACGGAUGUGUCCGACGUGUGCGAGAUGGAGCGCGGGCUGCUCAGCCUCCUCAGCGACUUCCACUCGGGAAAGCUGCAGGCGUUCGGGAAGGAGUGCUCCUUCGAGCAGCUGGAGCACGUGCGGGAGAUGCAGGAGAAGCUGGCGCGGCUGCACUUCGGGCUGGACGUGUGCGUGGAGGAGCUCCCUGAGGAGCAGAAGAAGGCGGCGGCUGACAGGAACCUGGACCAGCUGCUGGCACACCUGGAAGAGCUCAGCAGCUCCAUACAGAAGCUGCACCUGGCCGAGAGCUCGGACCCCGAGGACGCGGGGCCCUGACCCCGGCCCUGUCCCCGUCCCCGCCAUCCCCGGGAGCCCC